CGUCUGCGGUCACACUGCUAACAAGCCAAUUGGAACAAGGAGAGUUUUCUGCUGUAGAAAUAGGUUCCAAAAAGGCCAUAAGUGCCGGCAUAUAGUGAAAUUGUAAUCCGAAUCACAUAAUAAAAACCAAGUGCCUAAAACAAGUGUUACUUUAAGAAUACAAGAAUGGUGAUAGCAGUCGUCUAAUAAGAAUUUUCAAAGAGCCAAUAAUUUUUACAGCCGACGAGUAUUAUUUUGCCGGCUGCUGUAGUGACAAUGGACGGCGUUAAGGUUGAGACGUUCAUCAAAAGCGAAGAAAGCCGAGCGAUGCCCUUGAUUGGAGGCGGCGGAACGUCUGGAGGCACGUCUAUCGCAGGAGGCGGCGUGGGAAUGGGAGCCGGAGCAUCCUCCACGUUGAGCGUGGAACUUUGCCUGGUUUGCGGCGAUCGAGCCAGCGGGCGGCAUUAUGGGGCCAUCAGUUGUGAGGGCUGCAAGGGCUUCUUCAAGAGAUCGAUAAGGAAGCAGCUGGGGUACCAGUGUCGCGGCACCAUGAACUGCGAGGUGACCAAGCACCAUAGGAAUCGUUGCCAGUUCUGCCGGCUGCAGAAGUGCCUGGCCAGCGGCAUGCGAAGUGAUUCUGUGCAGCACGAGAGGAAACCGAUUGUGGACAGAAAGGAGGGCAACAUCGCAUCAGCCGGUGGUUCAUCCACCUCCGUCGGAGCUGGCAGUUCCUCCACCUACCUUUCCGGCAAAUCUGGCUAUCAGCAGGGGCGUGGUAAGGGGCACAAUGUCAGGGCUGAAGCCGCUUCCACGCCUCCAGUACAUAGCACGCCAGCAACGCCCUUCAAUUUGAAUGAUAAUCUAUUUCCCAUGGGGCUGAAUUUCGCAGAACUAACGCAGACAUUAAUGCUAGCCACCCAACAGCAGCAGCAGCAGCAACAACAACAGCAACAGCAGAGUGGCAGCUAUUCUCCAGUUAUUCCCAAGGCUGAUCCGGAAGAUGACGAUGACGACUCUAUGGACAACAGCAGCACUCUAUGCCUGCAGCUUUUGGCCAAUAGCGCCAGCAACAACAAUUCGCAGCACCUUAAUUUCAAUGCCGGAGAAGCACCCAACACCUCAACAAUGGGCCUUAUCCAAAACUCUUUGGACAUGCGAGCAAUUCAUAAGGGACUGCAGAUCCUCCAGUCCAUUCAAAACCAGCUGGAGAGGAGUGGCAAUCUUAGUGUGAAGCCAGAAUGCGAUUCCGAGGCGGAGGACAGUGGCACCGAGGAUGCCGCCGAUACGGAACUGGAUCACAUGGAUCUAGACUUUGAGUGCGUUGGGAAUCGAAGUGGCGGUGAUUUCGUGGUCAACGAAGCAGUCUUUGAACAGGAGCUGCUCACCGACGUGCAGUGUGCCUUCCAUGUUCAACCGCCGACCUUGGUCCACUCGUAUUUGAAUAUCCACUACGUGUGUGAAACGGGGUCGAGAAUCAUCUUUCUCACCAUACACACUCUUCGAAAGGUUCCCGUAUUUGAGCAACUGGACGCUCAUAGCCAAGUGAAGCUGCUGAAAGGAGCCUGGCCAGCACUGAUGGUUAUAGCAUUGGCCCAAUGUCAGGGACAGCUGUCGGUGCCCACUAUAAUCGGGCAAUUCAUACAGAGCACUCGUCAACUGGCGGAUAUCGAUAAAAUCGAACCGCUGAAGAUUUCCAAAAUGGCCAAUCUCACCAGGACCCUCCACGACUUUGUCCAAGAGUUACAGUCGUUGGAGGUGACUGAUCUGGAGUUUGGCCUACUUCGACUAAUUCUUUUAUUUAACCCCUCGCUCUUCCAACAGCGCAAAGAGCGGCCACUGCGAGGUUACAUCCGAAGAGUCCAACUGCACGCUUUGUCAAGUUUGCGACGACAGGGAGGCGUCGGUGGGAGUGAAGAGCGUUUCAAUGUGCUGGUGGCUCGACUUCUUCCACUUAGCAGCUUAGAUGCGGAGGCCCUGGAGGAGUUGUUCUUUGCCAACUUGGUGGGGCAGAUACAGAUGGAUUCCCUGAUUCCGGUUAUUCUGAUGACCAGUAAUACCAGUGGACUCUAGAAGGAAAUGUGAAGAGAAGGGGCGCAGGCAACAAAGCUGUGCCGCCCAAAAGCAAGACUGAAGAUGGACCAAGUGCGGGCAAUAUAAGUAGCAACUAGGAAAAUCCCCAAUAAAUAUAUAUUUAAUAUACAUUAUUUACUUUAGCAGACAAUAUUCGAUCUUAAAACCUUGGGUUUUUUGUUGUUCUUGCAUUAAAUGGAAUCGAAAGCCCAAUAAAUGCGAAUGUUUUCAA